CAAUGUCAGGUGAUGACCGGUGUAGUGUGUUGGGCUUUGGGUGGACUGUACAUUGUCAACGAAGGUGUGUUGAGUAGCCUGUCGAUCGCCAUAGUGUCUGGCCUGUAUUUCAUGGUGAGCGGUUCGGUCGGCAUCUGUGGUGCCACCAGCUACCGUCGUAGUCUGCUGGUCGCUUACGUCACCAUGUGCUUCCAUACGCUGAUAUUGUUCGUUCCAUGCUUGGUUGCGUACUCCGUUUUGGCUAUGUCGUUGAACGAAGACGGCUGCUACGUCAAGUGCGACUGGAGUACGUACGGAUGCAAGAUGCUGUGUCAGGGAUCACUCGAAUGGUAUUGUUUUACUGUAUCGUACGUUUGUCCGCGACGCCGUGCUACCAUUUUUAACUACUCAUUUUUCCCUCUGUUUGUGCUCAGACGAAACGAUCAACAGAACAGUAACGAAAACAAAACACAUAAAUAG